GGGGAAGGGGGUGAGAUCGGCCGCGCCGGGCGCCGCCGGGCGGAGGAGGCAGCUCGCCCGCCCAGCGCUUCGCACCCCGCGCUGCGGGCAGAGCCUCGGGCCCGGCCGCCCCCCGAGAUGGCUGCCAAGGAGAGGCCAAAGGCCAGGCUCACCAAGGACAGCGUCACCUUGCUGCCCUGCUUUUAUUUCGUGGAGUUGCCUAUAUUGGCAUCGUCGGUUGUGAGUCUCUAUUUCCUUGAACUUACGGAUGUCUUCAAGCCAGUGCACUCUGGAUUCAGCUGUUAUGACAAAAGUCUUAGUAUGCCCUACAUUGAACCUACCCAGGAGGCAAUCCCAUUCCUCAUGUUGCUCAGCUUGGCAUUUGCUGGACCUGCAAUCACGAUAAUGGUAGGAGAAGGAAUUCUGUACUGUUGCCUAUCCAAAAGAAGAAAUGGAUUGGAGUGGAGCCCAAUAUUAAUGCGGGAGGGCUGUAACUUCAACUCCUUCCUUAGAAGAGCCGUCAGAUUUGUAGGCGUGCAUGUGUUUGGACUCUGCUCUACAGCCCUUAUUACAGAUAUCCUACAGCUAUCAACAGGGUACCAAGCACCUUACUUCCUGACCGUGUGUAAACCCAACUACACAUCUUUGAAUGUAUCCUGCAAAGAAAACUCCUACAUUGUGGAAGAUAUUUGUUCAGGAUCUGAUCCCACAGUCAUCAACAGUGGAAGAAAGUCAUUUCCUUCUCAACAUGCUACCCUAGCAGCCUUUGCAGCUGUGUAUAUUUCGAUGUAUUUCAAUUCUACGUUAACUGAUUCCUCUAAACUCCUGAAGCCUCUUCUGGUGUUUGCAUUUAUCAUCUGUGGAAUCAUCUGUGGUCUGACACGAAUCACCCAGUACAAGAACCAUCCAGUUGAUGUCUAUUGUGGUUUUUUAAUUGGCGGAGGAAUUGCUCUUUAUUUGGGCCUGUAUGCUGUGGGCAACUUUUUGCCCAGUGAAGAGAGUUUGUGUCAUCACGGUCAGCACAGAGAAGCCCUGAUCGACCCUACCUGACCUCAAUCAGGACCCAGCAGAAUAUUACCCUGCAAGAAUGUCAGUGGUGGUGAUGGGCUUCGUCCACCGAAGGGAAUGCUGAACCGGAACCACAGAGAUGCCAGCUCCUUGACCAACCUCAAACGAGCCAACGCCGACGUGGAGAUCAUCACACCCCGGAGCCCCAUGGGUAAAGAGAACAUGGUUACCUUUAGCAACACGCUGCCAACCGACCCAAUACGCACCUCCGUGGAGGAUCCAGUGAGACGAAACACAACAAUCCAUGCAUCCAUGGACUCCGCCCGAUCGAAGCAGCUGCUCACUCAGUGGAAGAGCAAGAACGAGAGCCGGAAGUUGUCCCUGCAGGUAAUAGAGACGGAGCCUGGUCAGUCCCCCACGAUCCUAUAGAAAUGAGGUCGAGCUCUGAACAUCCAGGUAGGGGUAAAUGGAGACCACAAUGGUCCCAGCAACCAGUACCUAAAAUCCAGCCCGGGACGGUACCAGGGGUGUAAUAACAGCAUCCCUGGAGGACCCAGGGUUUCCAUUCAGUCCCGCCCCGGUUCCUCCCAGCUCGUGCACAUCCCCGAAGAGACGCAGGAGAACAUCACCUCCUCUCCGAAAAGCAGUUCGGCCCGGUCCAAGUGGCUGAAGGCUGCGGAGAAGAGUGUGGCCUGUAGCCGAAGCAACAGCCAGCCACGGAUCUGCAAGGUCAUUGCCAUGUCCAAGCAGCAAGGGGUGCUUCAGAGCAGCCCCAAGAUCGAGGGCAGCACGGUGACCUGCACCGUAUCCAUCAGGUACAAAGCCCUGACCGACCACGAACCCGGUGGCAUCGUGAGGGUUAGGCCCCACCCAGAGAACAACAGGCCCAUCAUCCCAGAUCCCGUCCUCGAAGGAGGCAGCGGCUCCUGGAAAUGGAAGGCCCCUGACAAAGGCAGCCUCCGCCAGACCAAUGAACUGAAUGAUCUGAACCGAGGAUUCUGGAGAGCCUGUGAGUCCCUGAAAGACAGCUUUGGGUCUGGGGACCGGAAAAGAAACAUAGAUAGCAAUGAGCAUACCACAGAUGGAUCACCGACCAUCAGGGUCACGCCUGUAGAGGGGAGCGAAAUCGGGGUCGGAGACGCUGUCCAUCUCGUCCAGAGUCGCGACUCCACCUCCGGAGGAAAAGGAAACAUCAUCUAUCCCGAGAGGGGCAACAGUCCAGAGAACACCAGGAAUAUCUUCUACAAAGGCACCUCCCCUACGAGGGCCUUCAAAGAUUGAACCCUGGCGAUCUCCGUGGGUAGGGCUGCCACAGAAAGAUCACACAUCGAUACCGGCUCGUGCUUCAGUUUUUUGAGCCGAUU